CCGGGACAUAGUGCCUGGUUUGAGGCCUACUCACGCGAAACGUAGGCGAGAAAGCGCGAGAACAACAUCGAACGCCCCCUCUCAAAGCAAGCAUGGCCGAAAAUGAUGUUGACAACGAGCUCCUUGACUACGAGGAGGACGAGGAGCCGCAAGGAGACCCAGAGAGUGCCGUCUUGGCAGUGAAGAAGGAGGUGAAGGGGUCCUAUGUUUCCAUCCACAGCUCUGGCUUCAGAGACUUCUUGCUUAAACCUGAACUACUCCGCGCUAUUGUUGACUGUGGCUUCGAACACCCUUCUGAAGUCCAACACGAAUGCAUUCCACAAGCCAUUCUGGGCAUGGACAUCCUUUGCCAGGCCAAGUCUGGUAUGGGCAAGACAGCAGUGUUUGUGCUUGCUACACUACAGCAGAUCGAGCCUGUGGAUGGACAGGUCUCUGUGCUUGUGAUGUGCCACACGCGAGAACUGGCCUUCCAAAUCAGCAAGGAGUAUGAGCGCUUCUCCAAGUACAUGUCCAACGUGAAGUGCUCGGUGUUCUUCGGUGGCCUGUCCAUCAAGAAGGAUGAGGAGGUUCUAAAGAAGAGCUGCCCGCACAUUGUGGUGGGCACACCGGGCCGCAUCCUCGCCCUUGUGCGCAACAAGAGCCUCAGUCUCAAGAACAUCAAGCACUUCGUCCUGGAUGAGUGUGACAAGAUGCUGGAGCAGCUGGACAUGAGGCGGGAUGUGCAGGACAUCUUCAGGCUGACCCCACACGAGAAGCAGUGCAUGAUGUUCAGCGCCACGCUCAGCAAAGAGAUCCGGCCCGUCUGCCGCAAGUUCAUGCAAGAUCCGAUGGAAGUGUUUGUGGACGAUGAGACAAAGCUGACUCUGCAUGGCCUGCAGCAGUACUACUGCAAACUGAAGGACAGCGAGAAGAACCGCAAACUCUUCGACCUGCUCGACGUCCUCGAGUUCAACCAGGUGGUGAUCUUUGUGAAGUCGGUACCACGCUGCAUUGCACUCUCUCAGCUAUUAGUGGAGCAGAACUUCCCUGCCAUUGCCAUCCACAGAGGCAUGGCCCAGGAGGAGAGGUUGUCACGAUAUCAGCAGUUUAAGGACUUCCAGAGAAGGAUCCUGGUGGCAACAAACCUUUUUGGCAGGGGGAUGGACAUUGAGCGUGUCAACAUCGUCUUCAACUAUGAUAUGCCUGAGGACUCAGACACGUACCUACACAGGGUGGCUCGGGCGGGUAGGUUUGGGACCAAGGGGUUAGCCAUCACCUUCGUGUCUGAUGAGACAGACGCCAAGACCCUCAACGACGUCCAGGACCGCUUUGAGGUCAACGUAGCUGAGCUACCUGAGGAGAUCGACAUCUCUUCCUAUAUUGAGCAGUCCAGAUGAAAUUUUUCCCAUAAUCCAGGAAUGAUCGUGGUCCAGUUGAUGAUAGAAAAAAGUAAUUCAUUCUUUUUUGGUGACAGUGGUAGAGAAGAUACCUCUGUCUUUUAUUUUGACUCCUGCUCACACAGCCUUGCUUCCCCUUCCUCUUUGUUGAAAUGUGUACCUUGUUUAUUUUUAUUGUGCUCUGGGGGAGUCCUUUUUAAAAUUUCUUUAGCUAAUUGUGGUUGUUAAUUGAUUUGAGUAUUAAAGCAUUUUUUAUACUA